AUGUCUUCUCCAAAAACUUGUGCCCAAGGUUCCUCUUCUUUAGUUCCUCUUGAUUACAUCACUAUGACUGGGGUUGAUAACCAUGCGAUAGAGGUCAAGAGCAAGCUCUAUCCCUUUUCCAAGAAGAAUUUGGACGAGAAUGUCCUUUAUUUGUCCGAGAAUACACUAGUCCUGGGUCGUCACUGGUUUGGUUCUGUCCCAGCUGAGAUGGCAAAGAUGGUUAAAAAAGAUGUUGAAGCUCCUCUGUGUUUCCAGAGCUCUUUUGCCUUGGUUUCUCAUUCUUGGGUCAGCAAGAAUUUGAGUCGUUCAUUCCCAUACAGUGAGGUGAGGAACAACCUAGUGAAGUGGGCAAACUGGAUUGACAAGCUUCUCCCAAGAUAUGGAGCUCACUGGAGGAGGGCAGGGAUUUAUGACGCAAUUCUGUUAUCCAAGCAGUCCAUUAACAUAAGAGAGAAUCUGCUUGCUGCCACUCUGUGUUUCUGGAAUUCUGCCAAUAACACUUUUGAUUUUCGUGUAGGCCCCGUGACACCAACCUUGCUGGAUAUGGCUCAGAUAUUUGGGUUUAGGCCCCAUGGAAGGCCUGUUGACGCUGUUGGUGACUAUCCUCGAAGGAAGAAUCAGGAGAAAUUGGCCAAGCCUUUCACUAUCUCUCUUGCCACCAUCAACCAGAACUGCUCGUUCUCCAAUUUUUUUUGA